AUGCCGUGCGGUGCGCCGACUUCAGAAGCCCAGCCAAAGUCCGACAUCGAUGGAAGUGUAGAUGCAGAGAUAAUCAGAAGCCUCCGAGAAGCAUUGCAAGCAAAACAGUCAAUAGACAGUCCCUGGGCAAAGUGUGCAAAGCAAGCAUGGGACUAUGAGGAAUCAGUCAUCAGAAGUUGGCAAGAACAAAUUAAUAAUUGGAUUUUGAUUGCAGGCCUCAUCUCCGCCGCUCUCACAGUCUUUGUAGCCCCAUAUUACACCUCCAUCCAACCCAACCCCCAACUCGAUAUCAUCGUUGCUGCAUCUGCCAGAUUCCUCCUUACAGUGGACAGUCAAGGCUAUGCUGAUGCCAUCGACAUACGAAGGACCAUUGACCUAUCUUCUCCCAUAGACCCGACAAAGGCCGCGGUUGCUGGAACGGUCAAUAUUCUCUGGAUCUCCGCCCUCAUUCUCACUCUGGGUGUUGCGUCGACUGCGAUUUCAGUCAAUCAAUGGCUAUAUACGUUCCCGAGGCAGGAUACUGAGCUGACGCGUCAAAGUGUUCGCAUGUGGUCCUUCCUCCGCCGCGGUCUCAUGAGGUGGCGCGUUCCAGUGAUUAUUAACCUACUCCCUAUCAUGCUGCAGUUGGCACUGUCCCUCUUCCUGAUCGGACUGGUGCAGCUGCUAUGGACGGCAAACAAGGUAGCAGCCUACGUCAUUAUGGUGAUGGUGGCUGUCAUCGUGGCAGUUCCAAUAGUUACCGCUCUCAUUCCAUCAGUAUCUCCUGACUGCCCCUUCAAAUCACCGCAAGCCUGGUGGAUCCUCCGAAUCUGGCUAUUAUCUAUAUCUCUAGCAGCAGUCAUGUGCGUGACAUCGUACUUCUUGCGGUACUAUCGCUUCGCAACGACUCUGCCUUCCCGACUGCAAUGGUAUGUGGCAGCUGCCAAGGUCGCCAACUGGAGACAGUUUGAAGACUAUGCAGUGCGCACAAAAACCGCGGAGGAAGAUGACAGCGUGAAGCUCCUCAUGCUCGCCGAAGCGGACUCCGUUGUCAUGGACGAAUCGUUCCUAACAUCGGUUGUACGACCCUGCCUAGAACAGAACAAACUUAAGGCCUCGCAGCCGGUCCUUUUACGCAUUCUACAGCACAGAGCGCACGAUGUUGAGUCUCACACAAACGGUAGUCAGACCCUAAAGUGGUUUUCAAGCGAACAAGACUCCACAGCGAUCAUUGCGAUGGGUCAACUAUGCCUUGACAUGCUAUAUAGACACGACGUUCUCCGUCAAGACAACCGCGAGCAAGGGCAGAUAGUACAGCAUCUGUUAUACUUGAUACGUGCGAUGCCAGAUUCGCAAUCCGCCAAGGACGUUUGUAGCCAUGCAGAAGCUCGAAUUCGGAAUCACAGCCUUCAGUGGCUCUCCUGGAUCAACGAACAAGACAUCGGUAAGAUACGUAUGUGUGAUCUUGCCAUAGGUGCAGGCCGUAAGCGCAGGUUAUAUAGUAGGUGA